AUGUUUCGUCGGGGGUUAAACAUCUGUAAGAACAACAAUGGAUUUGAAAUUGAAAGUCAUUACGAUAGAAUUCUUCAUUCCUGUACCAGUUUAGCUUUCCUGUCACAGAUCCACUCCAUUCUUACAACCACCGGCAUUAUCAAGCAUAGUGUUCACUUGAAUGCUCGGGUCAUCAUCAAAUACUCCGACUUCUUGCAUCUUCAAAGUGCUAGGUUCGUAUUUAACGCCACCGAUCAUGAAUCCAGUUCGUUCUUAUGGAACACGAUGCUCCGUGCCUAUGCAAACAGUGGUUUCUGCUCAGAGGCAUUGGAGUUCUAUUCGCUUAUGCGCAAAACUGGCAUUCGACCCAAUAAUUACACAUUCCCAUUUGCUCUCAAAUCGUGCGCUGAUAAUUUGCUUCCUACCUAUGGAAAAUUACUUCAUUCUGAAAUAAUUAGAACUGGAUUCGGUUCAGAUAUCUAUGUAGAGGCCGCUCUAAUUGACAUGUACGCUGGAUGUGACUUCAUCCAAGAUGGUCGCAAGGUGUUCGACAAAAUGUCAUACAGAGACCUUGUGUGCUGGACCUCAAUGAUCACAGCUUAUGAACAAUCCGAGCAAGCUGAGACUGCGUUGCAUCUCCUUCAUCAAAUGCAACAAGAAAGUUUCUGUUUAGAUUGGGUCACAGCUGUGACAGUUGCCUCUGCUAUCGGCCAAUUAGGAGAUGCCAGGAGAGCUCAAUCUGUUCAUGGGUAUGCCAUUCGUCAUGCAUUUUUCCAAGAUUUACCUGUUGUUAACUCAAUUCUAUCAAUGUAUGCCAAAUGUGGGGAAGUUGAAAAAGCAGAAAUAAUCUUUCACCAAACAAAACAAAGAAACACCAUAACUUGGAACUCUAUGCUUACUUGUUAUUCCCAAAAUGGACAAGCUAGUGAAGCUUUGGCUCUUUUUGAACAAAUGAAGAUAUCUGAUGUGAAUCCUAAUCAGGUGACAGCAUUAAUAGUUGUUUCAUCAUGUUCUUAUCUAGGUUCACAACAACUUGCAACCAAAAUCCAUGAUUUCAUCAUACAAAACAAAAUAGAAACAAACCUAACUUUAUGGAACGCGAUAAUGGACAUGUAUGCAAAAUGUGCAGAUUUGGACACUGCUUUAAGAAUGUUCCAAGAAGUACCCUUGAGCCACUUAGAUGUUACAUCUUGGAACACUUUAAUCUCAGGGUAUGGCAUGCAUGGGUAUGGAAAAGAAGCCCUCAAACUCUUCAACAAUAUGAUAACUCAUGGCUUUCAACCAAACCAUGUCACCUUCACUUCCAUUCUUUCUGCUUGUAGCCACUCAGGUCUUAUUGAAGAAGGAAGAAAUUGUUUCUCAGAAAUGGAAAAAUUAUGUGUUAAAAAAGAGCCAAAACAUUUUGCUUGUAUGGUUGAUAUGCUUGGGAGAGGUGGAUUUCUAGAUGAAGCUUACGAAUUGAUAAAGAAUAUGUCAUCAGAACCAAAUGAUGAAGUAUGGGGAGCUUUGCUUUUGGCUUGUAAAAUUUACGGAAAUGCCACUUUAGGGAAAGUUGCAGCUGAUAAUCUUUUCCACCUUGAACCACAACAUACUGGAUAUUAUGUACUAAUGUCAAACAUCUAUGCAACUUCAAGAAACUGGCAAGAAGUUGGAAAAUUGAGACAAGAUAUGAAAAAUAAAGGAUUAAGAAAACCUGCAGGAGUUAGUUUGAUUGAGUUUGAUAACAAGUUGCAUGGUUUUCACACUGGGGAGGAGUUUAAUUCUUUUACAAGAGAGAUUUAUGAGAAGGUGGAAAGAAUGGUGGUUGAGAUAAAGAUGGUAGGUUAUGUUCCUGAUUUGUCAUGUGUGUUUCAUGAUGUAGAAGAGGAAGACAAGCAUGGUAUGUUAAGUUAUCAUGGUGAGAAGUUAGCUUUGGCUUUUGGGCUUAUGAAUGUUAGUGAUACAGGAUUGGCUAUUCGCAUAACUAAGAAUCUUAGAGUUUGUAGUGAUUGUCAUUUGGCUUUUAAAUUGGUGUCUCGUGUAUAUGGAAGGAAAAUUAUUGUGAGAGAUGUGAAUCGUUUCCAUCAUUUUGAAGAUGGUUUUUGUUCAUGCAAUGAUUACUGGUAA